GUACAGUGCUUGAACCUCCUUUGUCACCACCCUCCAAAGAGCCACGUGCUUUCCUCAUAUUUUUACAGGUGUUACCGAUCGCAGAAUCUCUUUGUUCUUAGUUCUUAAGCCAGAGAAUUUUGAACUGGGGUUCUUUUUGAAUAUGGAUUCAGUCCUAAUGGAUAUCUCCUUGGAGAUUAUCAAUGUAGCAUUUGUCUUUGCGUUUCUGACAUGGGUUCUGCUAAACGUUUGGAGACAAAGGAGAGAUGGCGGUGCUGUAAAUUUGGAAUGCCCACCAAUGAAAGGAUACAGAGGUUUCAUUGCGGCUACUGUUCUUUCUAACGUCAUAAUCUCAACUUUCUAUCUUGGCUUUGGCAUGUAUGAAUAUUGGAAGAGUAGGAUUAUCCCUUGGAAAUCUGUCAUCUUUUUCAUGACUUGGUUUCUAUCAACGUUGGUAACAGUUUAUUCAAUGAGCAGAAAUCUAAGAGGAGACAAAAGGUGGCCAUUGGUCCUUACUGUCUGGUGGGUCUUUUCCGGCAUCUUUGAUUCACUUUCACUCUCCAUUUAUAUGAUUACCUAUGUGAAACCCAUAGAUUUGCCAUAUCGUUUGCCAGAGCCAAACACAGUUGAUUUCGCAUCCUUUCCUUUGGUUAUCCUUCUUUGUUUCAAUGCUUUACCAAGGAGUUGCAGUGCUAGGAAACGCGAGGACAUAGUAGAACCUUUACUACCAAAGGAAAAUGAAUGUUCCUCUCAUGAUGAUGGUGCUUUCAUUAGUGCUGGAAUUUGGAGCCGACUUACCUUCCUGUGGCUCAACCCGAUUUUCAAAAGAGGUCGAAUUCAAAAACUUGAAUCGUCUCAUAUUCCUUCAGUUCCUCAAUCUGAAACAGCAGAAAAUGCUUCCUUGUUGCUCGAAGAAUCGCUUAGAAAGCAGAAAUUUGAAGCUUCUUCGUUGCCGAAGGCCAUAGCUGAUGCCACAUGGAAAUCCUUGGUCAUAAAUGCAGCUUUUGCAGGAGCCAACACAAUUGCAUCCUAUAUGGGGCCCUUCCUGAUCACAAACUUUGUGAAUUUCUUGUUGGGUAAAAAUGAUGAUUCAGGCCUCCUCUAUGGUCUCAUUCUCGCAUUCAUAUUCUUCUUUGCAAAGACUGUGGAGUCACUAACUCAAAGACAAUGGUAUUUUGGUGCUCAGCGCAUUGGCAUACGAGUACGGGCAGCUCUGACCGUAUUGAUUUACAAGAAGUCUCUGUCAAUUAAAUAUGGUGGCUUAAGCAAUGGUAAAAUUAUAAAUCUAUUCAAUGUUGAUGCUGAAAGAAUUGGAGACUUCUGCUGGUACAUUCAUGGAGUUUGGCUGCUUCCAGUCCAGGUCAUUCUGGCCCUGAUCAUACUUUACAGGAACCUUGGUGCUGCCCCCUCCAUUGCUGCUCUUUUUGCCACAAUUUUAGUGAUGUUAUGCAACACACCUUUGGCCAAUAUUCAAGAAAGGCUUCACUCAAAGAUCAUGGAAGCUAAGGACUCGAGAAUCAAAGCAACUUCAGAGACCUUGAAGAGCAUGAGAGUUUUGAAGCUGCAUUCAUGGGAGCCUACAUUCUUAAAGAAGCUCCUUCAUCUUAGGGAAACCGAGAGAAGCUGGCUGAAAAGAUACCUGUAUACUUGUUCAGCAGUGGCCUUUCUCUUUUGGGCUUCUCCAACUUUUGUUUCGGUUAUCACUUUUGGUGUCUGCAUUGCAUUAAACACGCCGUUAACAGCAGGCAGAGUCCUCUCAGCUUUAGCCACUUUCCGAAUUCUACAAGAACCAAUCUACAACUUACCAGAGCUCAUUUCCAUGAUUGCUCAGACAAAGGUCUCAAUUGAUCGUAUCCAAGAAUUAUUGGGAGGAGAAAAUCAAAAGAAACUGAUACAAUAUCAUACUUCAAAAGCGUCCAAUAUUGCAAUUGAAAUUGAGGAAGGAGAAUACGCUUGGGAAAUAGAUGAUGAAAAAUUAAACAGACCUACCGUCAAAGUAACGGAGAAGAUGAACAUAGUGAAAGGUUAUAAGGUUGCAAUUUGUGGGCCAGUUGGAUCAGGAAAAUCAAGCCUACUCUCUAGUAUACUAGGUGAAAUUCCCAGGAUUUCUGGAGCAGGAAUCAAGAUUUAUGGAAAAAAAGCCUAUGUGCCUCAGAUUGCUUGGAUUCAAACCGGUACAAUUAGGGAGAAUGUGUUGUUUGGCAGGGAAAUGAGCCAGGCCUUUUAUGAGGACGUAUUGGAAGCCUGUGCUUUGAACCAGGACAUCAAGAUGUGGCUGGGUGGAGAUUUUAGUGUAGUUGGAGAGAGGGGGAUGAACUUAAGUGGAGGACAAAAGCAGAGGAUUCAACUGGCAAGAGCUGUCUAUAGUGAUGCGGAUGUUUAUUUACUCGAUGAUCCUUUCAGUGCUGUUGAUGCACAUACUGCAAUCUAUUUGUUUAAGAAGUGUCUUAUGCAACUAUUGUCCCAGAAGACUGUCCUCUAUGCUACCCAUCAAAUGGAAUUUCUCGAUGCUGCAGAUAUUGUUCUGGUAAUGAAAGAUGGAAGGAUAGUGCAGUCAGGAAAGUUCGAAGAUCUUAUUGCAGAUCCCAACGGUGAACUUGUUAAACAAAUUUCUGCUCAUAGAAAAUCAAUGAACCAUGUUAACUCGCAGCAAGAUGAUAGAAAUUGCAUGUCCAUAACCAGCAGACCUUGUCCUAUAAAUCAGAUAGAAAUUGCACAGGAAAAUUUUGAAGGGCUUGUCAACAGUAGAAAACUUACAAAGAGAACUCAAGAAGAAGAAACAGAAACUGGUGCAGUAAAAUGGAGUGUUUACUCAACCUUUAUCACCUCUGCCUAUAAAGGAGCUCUAGUUCCUGUGAUCCUUCUCUGUCAAGUUCUCUUCCAGGGACUACAGAUGGGCAGCAAUUACUGGAUUGCAUGGGCAACAGAGGUAGAAGGCAGGGUUGGUAGAAAGGAGUUGAUUGGGAUUUUUGCUUUGAUGUCGGGUGGGAGUUCAAUCUUCAUAUUGGGAAGGGCAGUUUUUCUGGCAACUAUUGCUGUUGAGACUUCUCAGCGACUCUUCUGUGGAAUGAUCACAUCAGUUUUCCGAGCACCCAUUUUCUUUUUCGAUUCAACGCCUUCAAGUCAAAUCCUUAGUCGGUCUUCUACAGAUCAAAGCACAGUAGACACAGACAUUCCAUACAGAUUAGCUGGAUUGGUAUUUGCUCUUAUUCAGCUAUUAAGCAUCAUCAUCCUUAUGUCUCAGGUGGCAUGGCAAGUCUUCCUUCUCUUCCUUGCCAUUCUUGCAAUCUCCAUGUGGUAUCAGGCUUAUUACAUUACGACUGCGAGAGAACUCGCCCGAAUGGUUGGAAUACGUAAGGCUCCAGUCCUACAUCACUUUUCAGAAUCAAUUGCUGGUGCUGCAACAAUUCGCUGUUUCAAUCAGGAAGAUCGCUUCUUGACACAAAUUCUGAGUCUUAUUGAUGACUAUUCUCGGGUAGCGUUUUACAAUUCCGCCACAAUGGAAUGGCUGUGUGUUCGGAUCAACUUUCUCUUCAACCUGGCGUUCUUCCUUGUUCUGAUCAUCUUGGUGGGUCUGCCUAGGUCAGCUGUUGACCCCAGCUUGGCAGGACUGGCAGCAACCUAUGGUUUGAACCUAAAUGUUCUUCAAGCAUGGGUGAUAUGGAAUCUGUGUAAUGUUGAAAACAAAAUGAUAUCAGUUGAGAGAAUUUUUCAAUUUACUAACAUACCAAGUGAAGCACCUCUAGUGAUUGAAGAUUAUAGGCCAAAGCCUGAAUGGCCAACAGAUGGAAGAAUAGAGCUUGAAAACCUUCAUGUACAGUAUAAUCCUGCUCUCCCAGUGGUUCUCAAAGGGAUCACUUGCACCUUCCCGGGAGAGAAGAAAAUUGGAGUUGUGGGCAGGACGGGAAGUGGAAAGUCAACUUUAAUUCAAGCUCUCUUCAGGGUAGUGGAGCCUGCAGGAGGACGUAUCCUAAUUGAUGGAGUUGAUAUAUGCAAAAUUGGGUUGCAGGAUCUAAGGUCCAGAUUGGGUAUAAUACCACAAGAACCAACAUUGUUUCAAGGAACUGUGAGAAGUAAUCUGGAUCCUUUACAACAGCAUUCAGAUCAAGAAAUUUGGGAGGUUCUCAAGAAGUGUCAUCUAGCGGAGAUAGUGAAACAGGAUCAGAGGCUUCUCGAUGCCCCAGUUGGAGAAGAUGGAGGAAAUUGGAGCGUUGGACAGAGGCAGCUUGUUUGCCUAGCCAGGGUGCUCCUCAAGAAGCGAAGAAUUCUGGUGUUGGAUGAAGCUACUGCUUCUAUUGAUACUGCAACAGAUAAUUUAAUUCAAGAAACAAUAAAAGAAGAAACAAGGGGAUGCACCGUCAUUACUGUUGCUCAUCGAAUAAAUACUGUUAUCGACAAUGAAUUGAUUCUCGUCCUUGAUGAAGGCAAGGUUUUAGAGUACGACUCCCCAGUUCAGUUACUCAAGGAUAAUUCGUCCGCAUUCUCAAAGUUGGUGACUGAAUUCUUGAGGAGAUCAUCCUAGAGUAACUUCCAUAGAGAUCUGUCUUGAGGUAGGGCAGAGAUUCGUGUUCUUAUUGCAUGGUAUACAAUCACACCACCUAUCCCAAUGCUCCGAGCUGCAAAAAUCGACACUGACAGUGACAGACAGCAGCAGCUCUUCCAAUUGACAUUCAAGAUACCCCACAGGAGACAACAAAAUAUUGAUCAAUCAUGAUAACAUUGACAAAGUAACCUGAUAUUGCUGACAACUGUUACUGCCCCCAAGAACUUUUGUUGUCUCGUGAAAUUUGGUGUCCUACCAUUUUGAUUGGAGAAACCAUUCAUUCCCAUUGCUCUACACGAUUUAUACUUUAUAUCAUUAAACUCCAAGUGGUACUAACUGCUGCCUUUGUUUUGUGGUUGGCACUGAGAACUAAAGCAAGAAAGUUCUGGGUACAAAACCAGUACUGUUCAGUUGAGAGGUGGGGAAAAAGUCAUUACAGCUCAACCAUGUGCGUUUCACGUUCUGUGUAUGAAUGAAUCAUGAUGCGUGUCUUGAAUGGUGUCCAAUCCACGGAAAAGAUACUCCAACUCCAUGCUCAGAAGCUCCAAUCAAUUGAUGGUCACAGCCUUUUGCAAAAUGCCUUGCGGCAUCCAAAGCUGAUAAAGGCGUUUGCUUUUUAUUCCACCCAACAUGAAAGUUAAGGAAGCGGUACUGCAGAUUCUUAUAUAUAGGCUCAAAGCAGCAUGACUGAACACAAAGCAUGGACUCUUCUUUCCAUUUAACUUAAAGUGGAUGCAGAGAUAAAAGUUGAAGAUAGUAUAUACUUGGACCUCAGAUUAAAAAAAUGCAUUUUAUUAAAGCUGCAUAUAGUUGUAAUUCAUAUGCUUGAUUAUUGUAAUUUUUUAUAUUAGAAAAAUGUUACCAUACCACUCAAGUUAUACCGCUCACUUUGCCCUAUUGAUGUGGCACCAUCAUGUGGUGCCAUGUGAAACUUAGGGUUUCGAUUGUCUUCUUU